UGAGGGUUGCUCGGCCACAGCCACGCUGACUUUACGGGAGGACGGAUCGCAACAACCGUUGUUGUUAGAUUAUUUUUCAUUUUCCUUCCCUCUCAUCCCUCAAACGGAUUUCUCAUCCUAAUGGCUGAACAGGAGAUGGAACAGCAAGACUUCACCGAGGACUACAGCGGUGGCGACUUUCAGGAAAACGGAGGAGGAGGCGCCAACGAAAAACCGGAUUCCGGAGAAGGGAAGGCGAGCGAUGUCCAAGACAGCGGCGCGGCGGACGCUCCCGGCAGGGAUGACGAUAGGAAACUCUUUGUUGGUGGACUUAGUUGGGAAACUACAGAAACUGAACUCCGAGAACAUUUCAAAAAAUAUGGCGAUAUUGAAAGUAUAAAUGUCAAAACAGACCCAAACACAGGCCGUUCGAGAGGGUUUGCGUUUAUUGUUUUUAGCACAUCCGAAGCUGUAGAUAAGGUUAUAGAUGCCGGUGAUCACGUUAUAAAUGGAAAGAAAGUAGAUCCCAAGAAAGCAAAAGCGCGCCAUGGUAAAAUCUUCGUUGGUGGUCUCAAACCAGAAUUAUCAGACGACGACAUAAAAUCCUUCUUUGGACAGUUUGGUAACAUUAUUGAAGUUGAAAUGCCGUUUGACAAACAAAAGAACCAGCGCAAAGGUUUCUGCUUCAUCACAUUUGACCAGGAAGCCGUAGUGACAGAUCUCCUCAAGACCCCGAAACAGUCUAUUAAUGGUCAUGAUGUAGAUGUCAAGAAAGCCACACCAAAGCCAGACUCCAUGAUGCGAGGAGGCAUGCGUGGAGGCAUGAGAGGGCGUGGUGGAAUGAGAGGACGUGGCAGAGGAUGGGGACAAGGCUGGAACCAAGGCGGCUAUGGGGGUUACAAUCAAGGAGGUUACGGUGGAUAUGGUGGCUAUGGUGGUUAUGAUUAUGGCGGCUACGGUGGAUAUGGUGGUUAUGGAGAUUAUGGAUACGGUUAUGACAACUACGGGUAUGGCUAUGGAUCUGGUAAUUAUGGCUCUUACCAGGCGGGCAAGGGUACGGCGGGGGGAAGAGCCAGCACGGGCGUCAGCAAGCGCGGCACCAACCGUACUGAAGGACGAUACAGCUAUAACGGUGCUUCCUGGAAUGGGGGCAUGUACUAGCACCUACCCUACUCACUCCUCCUCGUCAAAUCUUCAACUACCUCUGGUGUCGUGGUUCCCUCGAUGAACGUUGUGACAAGCCAGAAUGGAAGAUUUUUUUUUAUUUUUGUGUUUUUAUCAUUUUCGUUUUGGGUCCAGUUGCUGAUGGUUAGUGCAUCAGCAGUAUUUUCGAAGGCUUCCAUCCCUGGGAUGCUUUUUCUAUAGUGAACCUGUAAAUGUCGGGAGAUGUGUAGGGGUUUGUUCCAGUGGAAGAAUAGCCUUCGAAGUUUUGGUCUUACAGGAGGUAUAACAAAGGCAAUUAAUUGUGUGCGAGCCAGCCGUGGGAACAGGUUGAGUGUCGUGGACUUUUUAUAAUAGUGGCACGCAGAGUUCCUGCUAGUGUUUCCCUCCCAUCCUAUUUUUCUUUUUGUAUGUACUUUAUUAUUAUUUUAUUUUUAUCAGCAUUGACAUGAUGUUCAAAAUUAAAAGAAGUUUUAGGCCCAUUUAGUUUCCAUCUCCAAAAUUUGUCUAUGCACAUUGUUAUAAUGGCUGCCAGUGUUUCUUUAUUAUACCAUUGAUUUAUAUUUUUUGUACAUUAAACCAAUAUACAUAAUUAGGGUUAAGUAUUGUUUUAUUGAAGUACCUAUGUAAUAGGAAUCUAGUACAAGGAUUUAUUGAAACUUGUAUAAAAGAAUAAAAGUGUAUCUUCAU